AUGAAGCGCAAGCAACAGGAGAUAUCCUCAGAUGAAGAUCCUCUACAAUCAGAACUAUCAAAUACUCCAAAGAGAUCCAAACAAACGUCCCGAAAAGAUAAUGAGUUGAACGGAACUCCGACGAAACACUCCGCUCCUGACACACCUUCAGGCCGACUGAGGUCUCGAUUGACCAAACAAACACCAACCAAGAAUGUAGAUUUUGCUCCUGAUUUAGUGUCUCCCCUCAAGACACCGACAGCGAGGGCAUUGUUCAAGACACCCACCAAGCUAAAGAAUGUUGACAACGGAACGCCGAAUGGAACGCCAUCGCGGAUACGGAAUGCUGACAGGUCAGCAAAGAGGAAAAGUGCAAGGGUGCUGCUUGAUCCCAAUGAAGAUGAUUUAUGGGAUGGCAGCAAUAAGCUGGCGCGAGAAAUCUGGGAUGUACCGUCUGACGACAAUGCGGUGCCCCAAGUUGAUACCGUUGCAAUGGGGGGAACAAAUAGGCCGAAAGAGCCAGAUUCUAAACCGGAACACGCAGCUAAAGAAGUGCCAAAAGAACCUCCAGUCACUCCCCGGAAACGAGGCCGGCCCCCGAAGGUUCGAGGGCCUGAAGAGCAAACACCGAAAACAACAAAAACACCCAGGACACCAAGGAGAAAUGAACGGGUUACGACACCUGAUGGGGAUCUGCCACCACAGGAGAAAUAUUUUUUCCAGACUCGGACAGGACCAGUACAGACAUCUAAUAACACUAUGGCUAAAUCGUCCCUGUUUACUCAUGAAGAGUUUUUUGAACAUCUCGGAAAGUACAAGGAUCCGCUGCAAGAGGAAAAGGAUUACUUGUUAGAGCUUCAUGGGCGCUCCUUCCCACAGUGGCAUUUCGAAAUGACUGAAGGAUUCAAUGUGUGCAUAUAUGGAUAUGGAUCUAAAAGGAAACUUGUCCAAAGGUACGCGGAUUGGUUGUAUGAACAUUGCAAUCAACCCCCAGCAAUAGUGGUUGUUAAUGGAUAUACACCGGAUAUUACCAUCCGAUCUAUUCUAGCAACGGUUGCAAUGGCUAUUUUAGGCCCUGAUGAUACCUCAAAGCUCGGUGUUCAGCCAAAUGACGUGUUGGAAUCUAUCCGUGCGGCUCUGCUCAAAAACCCGCCUCCACAACCGAUAACGGUUCUCAUUAACUCCAUUGAUGCACCGCCAUUGCGUCGUGCGCAGCAGCAGUCGCAUCUGGCUCGACUUGCCGGAAUACCCCAUAUCAAUAUUCUGGCAACCACUGAUACUCCUAACUUUCUGGUGUUGUGGGAUAUUACCCUUCGGGAUAAGUUCAACUUUGUAUUUCACGACUGCACAACGUUUGCUUCAUACAAUGUUGAAUUAAAUGUUGUAGAUGAGGUGCAUAGCCUGCUUGGCCGUAAAGUCCGGCGUGUUGGCGGUAAACAAGGUAUCGGCUUUGUUCUGAAAAGUUUACCGGAAAAUACACGCAAGCUGUAUCGACUAUUGAUUACAGAGAUCCUUAUGAUGCUAGGAGACAAUCAAGACGGCGAGGAAGAGGAUGAGGCCCAGAUUGAGGCCGAUGAUCCAGAGAGUGACAACCGAAGUGGAAAGGUGGCUGCAAUAGAAUGGCGAGCUCUUUUUCAUAAAGCUUCGGAGGAGUUUAUUUCCUCAUCUGAGAUGAUGUUUAGAACGCAGCUGAAAGAGUUCUAUGACCAUCAAAUGAUCACAUCAAAGCUAGAUCCCAGCGGUGCAGAACUGCUCGGUGUUCCUCUGUCACGAGAGGAAAUAGAAAGCAUUUUGGAAGACCUUGUUAUCGAUGGGUGA